AUGGAGCUCCACCAACCCCAGCACCUCCAGCAGCUUCGCCCGCCGCCGCUGCCGUCGUCGCCGCCGCCGCCGGUGACCCAGAAGCCACUGGGGGAGCAGGACCUCAAGCGCCGGCCCGUCCUCCCCAUCUCCUUCUCCAAUGGCACCCUUAAGAAGCACCGCCCCGUUUACCCUUUUCCUCCGCCACCGCCGGAGCAGCAGCAGCAGCAGCAGCAGCAGCAGCAGGGCAUCUACAGGGAGUGCAUGAAGAACCACGCAGCGGCGAUGGGGGGCCACGCCCUCGACGGCUGCGGUGAGUUCAUGCCCUCGCCGGUGUCCACCCUCUCCGAUCCCUCCUCCCUCACCUGCGCCGCCUGCGGCUGCCAUCGCAACUUCCACCGCCGCCUCCUCUCCGGCGAUCUCCCCUCUCCACCCCACCACCACCACCACCACCACCACCGCCGCCGCCGCCACCAGGACAGGGAAGCGGAGGAGGAGGAAGAGGAAGAAGGGGACGAGGCCGUCGACGAUGAGGAGGGCCAGAGCACGCCUCCUCCUCCUCCGCCCCUCGCCGGCGGCGGCCCCGCCGUGCAGUUCUACUCGGCCCCGCACAUGCUGAUGGCCCUGAGCGCAGGGCUCACGGGGGGGCCCUUUGGUAGGUCGUCUUCUUCCUCCCUGCCGGCGGCGACGGCGAGCGCCGCGCCGAGGAAGAGAUUCCGGACCAAGUUCAGCGCAGAGCAGAAGGAGAGGAUGCAGGAGCUGUCGGAGAAGCUGGGAUGGCGGAUGCAGAAGAGGGACGACGCCAUGGUGGAGCAGUGCUGCCAGGAGAUGGGAGUCUCCAGGGGUGUCUUCAAGGUCUGGAUGCACAACAACAAGCACAACUUCGUUGGCGGACCCUCCUCCAGGAGAUCCGCCGGCGCCGGCAGCGCCGGCAGCGCCGGCGGCGGAGGAGAGGCCACCAGCAGCAGCGGGGGCGCCGCCGCCGGGGGAGCCCACCUUCCCGCCGGCGGCAAUGCCGCCGACGGCUUCAACUGCGGCGCCGGCGCCGGCCACGUGAUCAACAGCUCCUCUCCUUCAUCCUAG